AUGCCAUCCUAUGCUAAGUUCCUUAAAGAAAUUCUUUCAAAGAAGAGAAGGCUGGAAAACUAUGAGACUAUUGCUCUUAGAGAGGAAUGCAGUGCCAUAUUACAAAACAAGUUGCCACCAAAGCUCAAGGAUCCAUGGAGCUUCUCCAUACCUUUCCUUAUUGGCAACAAAAAUAUAGACAAGGCACUCUGUGAUCUGGGUGCAAGUUCUGUCAAGUACCCAAUUGGCAUCCUAGAAAACAUCCCCAUUAAGGUAGAAAAAUUCUUCAUUCCUAUUGAUUUUAUUUUCCUGGAGAUGGAAGAGGAUAUCCAAAUUCCUAUCAUCCUGGGAAGACCUUUCUUGGCAACCGCCGGAGCUAUCAUAGAUGUUAAGAAUAAGUGGUUAACUCUCAAGGUAAGAGAUGAAGAAGCAGAAUUCAACCUGUUCAGAAUAAUGAAGCAUAAACUUGAACCUGAUGAAUACUUAAAGGUUGACAUAAUUGACAAGCUAGUUAAAGAGGAAUUUCACAAAAGACAUACUGAAGGUCCUCUUGAAGCAUUUAUAGUCCACGACCGCACAACAGAUAGUAAAAACACAGAAAUUGCAGCUUGUGCAAAAUCUUUAAAAGCUAUCCCACCCCUACCCUUAGCUCAAGCUUUCCAGGUGGAAGAACUAAAGGAGGAACAACCUAAAAGCAAGUCACAUAAAGACACCAAAUAG